UCCAACCAUGCUGCUCACUCCAUGUUGAUCUAAGCAGCCGCGACAAUCAACUUGUUUUACUGGAAGGAUGAGCCAUUAUUUCCACUCUGUGCCUCUGUGGUAAGUGCUGAAGUUGUUGACCGUCCUUCCUCAAAGAAGAUUCAACCCAUAUUUUUAACUGAAGUUCAUCAUGGUGCGCAAUGUGGAUGAUCUGGACUUCUGCCUGUCCUCCCAUCCUCAGAGCAUCCUGGAGGGUUUGCGUUCACUCUGCUCUCACCCCAAACUUGUUGAUGUAACACUAAGCGCCGGCGGUCGAGAUUUCCCCUGUCACCGCGGCGUGCUGGCCCUCUGCAGCAUGUACUUCCGUUGCAUGUUCUCAGGGGACUUUGUGGAGAGCAUAGCUGCACGAGUGGAGCUUCACGACGUCGACCCCGAUAUACUCAGCUGCUUGCUCGACUUCGCCUACACAGGAAAACUGACCAUCAACCAGAGCAAUGUGGAGGGGCUGAUCUGCACCUCCAGCCAGCUGCAGUUUCAGACAGUGCGAACCGUGUGCAGCCGAUACCUCCAGCACCAGAUUGACGCCACCAACUGCCUGGGAAUCCUGGAGUUUGGGGAGCUUCACGGUUGCCCCGAGGUGGUGGCCAAAGCAUGGGCCUUCCUCCUAGAGAACUUCGAGGCUGUUCAACAAGGUGAGGAGUUUCUGUUUUUGGGAAAAGACAGACUGGUCGCCUGCCUGUCUGACGAAGGACUACAAAUCCGGUCAGAGUGCACUCGUGUGGAGGCCAUCCUGAAAUGGGUUCGGCACCACAAAGAGUCUCGACUCUGCCACCUUGCUGAGCUCCUCACCUUGUCUCGUCUCUUUCUGCUCAGCCUGGACUACCUGGCUGACACUCUGCUGAAGGACAGUCUGCUUCAGGCCUCUCCCAGCUGCAGGGAGGCUGUGGAAAAAAUUCACAAAGAGAAAAUGGAUUUGGCACCAGAAUAUCUGGACAGACUCAACUCUCAGAGUCCACAACCAAACCUGCAAGAAGUGCUCUUUGUAAUGGGAGGUCGAUCUCUGGAUGAUUCAGAUGAUGAAGACGAUUCAGAUGAGGACGAGGACAGAGACCCAAGACUUCAGCGGCUGCUGUCCAGGAACUGUGCCUUCUACAACACAAAGACUAAACAGUGGCACGAACUCCCUAAUUUCCCCAAUGCCAACAAGUGGGGUUACUCCAUGGUCUCCUUAAACAACGAAGUGUAUGUCACAGGGGGCUCGCGAGGUUCGAAUACCAACACCUGGUCGACCACAGAGACCUGGAAGUACAUCACAAGAGAGGGGAGGUGGGUUACUGUGGCACCCAUGCUCCGGCCUCGGACUAACCACACGUCAGCAACUCUGAACGGGGAGAUUUACGUCAUCGGAGGAACAACGCUGGAUCGAGUUGAGGUUGAACACUAUGACCCUUACAACGACACCUGGGCCUUGACAUGCCCCGCCUUAAAAUAUGUGACUAACUUCACUGCCACUGCUUGUUACGGGAAGCUCUAUGUGAUUGGGUCAUGUGCAGUGAAGUACAACGCACUGGCAAUGCAGUGCUACAACCCUGUCAUUGAUAACUGGAUCAGCAUAUGUUCACCCUUCAUACCUAAGUAUUUGUCCUCUCCUCGUUCCGUCUGUGUGGACGGGACUAUUUAUCUGGUUGCUGACAACACCAAGAAAGUCUACUCAUAUGAUCCACAUGCAAACAUGUGGCAGAAGGUCCAGCUUCUUCACAUGCUCCACGAGAACGGUGGCCUUGUCUCCUUGGAUGGGAAGUUGUUUGUCACUGGAGGUCAUUGGAAAGGUAUGGAGGGGGACUACGGGGUUGAGGUAGAGGUUUACAACCGAGCAUCCAACACUUGGGACGUGGAGUGCUUCCUUCCGAGACUUUGGUUCUACAGUGGUGUCUGCACCAUCUUCCUCGAUCCAUCCCACUGGCCUGAGGUUUUUCAUACAGAGCAAACAUAGCAGCCUUGUGUCCCAUUAAGACUAAACUCAAGAUCAAAGAGUUCAAGGAGACAUGUAUCUAUGAUAGAAUGCAAAUGCAAUGUUUAUCCCGGGAUGUCAUUGUGUCCUAGAAUAGUGUGUUACAUGAUCCUCAGGUAUUCUUGGAUGUUUUUUUUAGGGCUGUGCUUGGCUGCUUAUUUAUACUUUGUAUCAUGUGUUUGAGAUUGGAAUUCCUUUUGUGCUAUUGUAUGGGACGUGUGAAUCAUUAAAUCUUUGUAGAAAUAGUUUAUGUGGUUAUUGUUAAUGUUAUUAUUAGUAGUUAUUGUUAUUGUUGUAUUGGUUGAAAAUGCUUCAAUUACGAAUAAAGCAGUCAACUGAUGUAAA